GCCGCCCACUACGCAACAGACAAGCAAUGCCCUAAGCGAAUCGACAACUUCGAGUCACUCACAUGUUUUGUACAGAGAUCACUCUGACCUGCUCUGACCGAUACACGACUACCUCCACACCCGACAUAAACCCAUGCACUAUCACCCCGUCAUACCCCUCAGCCGCCAGCGACUCGUAAGUCACGUUGGGGGAGUUUGCCCGAUAGACGUGCUUGGGCCUGCUCAUAAAGAUCUCCGCCGUCACCAUGCAGCCGUGGUUGUGGGCCUUGCGCUGAGUCUCGUUUGGCCGGAUGGCGAAGUAGAUGCCGCGCCCAGCGGCCCCCGACGAGCUGGGCCGCAUCACGCGCGACUGGCUGAUCUGCUGGCCGUGCGCUGAAGAGGUCUGAUGAUAGCCGACACAGCGGCCAGAGGUGCAGAGUGCUUGCAGGACGGGACAGUUCAUGGCGCAGUGGUCGCUGUCCUUGGUAUGGCAAACUCGGCAGUAAUGCUUAGCGUGGUUCUGACACAACGCACAAAGCACAUGAGGGCGGUGUGGUGCCGUUGUGGUCAUCUGUCUGCACACAUGCGUACCUUGGUGCAACCGGCAGCCUAUCAGAGACGCACACACACACACACACACACACGUGUGGCCCGAUGGUAGAGUGUGUGUUGUGCGCUGAUCUAUCCGUCAGAUCCCUCACCUUGCAACGUGGCAU